AUGGAUAUCAGCCAGCAACACAAGUUCACAAACACCAACUGGCCGGAGCAGCCAUACUGCAGCAUGGUCGCCGCCGACGAACACCACCAUAUUCUUCAUCAAAACCCUUUCGAUCACACACAGCAAAUAUGGCCUUACAAUAAUAAUAAUAAUUAUCUUCAGAUUCUUCAGCAUCAACAGAACCACCAGGAGCCGCCGCCGCCGGAUCACUCUUCGGACACCCAGGCGCUUCUGCCGUCGCCGGGUUUGCUGACCGGCGGCGGCGGCGACCAGGGUGAAGAAGACGAGGCGGAAGAAGAGCUGGGCGCCAUGAAAGAGAUGAUGUUCAAGAUCGCGGCAAUGCAACCGGUCGACAUCGAUCCGGCGACAAUCCGCCGCCCACGUCGCCGGAACGUGCGGAUCAGCGAGGACCCGCAGAGCAUCGCCGCCCGCCACCGCCGCGAGAGGAUAAGUGAGAAGAUCAGGAUCUUGCAGAGGCUCGUGCCUGGGGGUACGAAAAUGGACACAGCUUCCAUGCUUGACGAAGCCAUACGCUACGUUAAGUUCUUGAAACGCCAAAUCCGUACCCUCCAAACCAACCACCACCAGCACCAGCCGCCGCCGCCGUGCGUCGGAAUCCCCACAGCCUCCGCCUCCGCCGACGAUUGGGUUAUGGCGGCAACAACAAAAGCCGCCGCCGCUGCAGGCACGUCAUCCUACUUGUUUGGAGGUACUCAUGAUGAUGAUGGGUUGUGUUUUAACCGUAAGUUUAUUGGAGAUUAAAUUUAUUA